AAUCAUUGGCUUCUUACAAUUACAAAGGCUAGUUUGGGUUUUGCUAUUUCUUCACUUCUCUGAGAUCAAGUCUGGGUUUUUUGCCCAUUUCUCCCAUUGAAACCCUCUGCAUUUUAAGAAUUUGAAAGAUUGGAUCUUUUUGCCAGUUCAAUUUCAAGAAAACUGAGACCUCUAAAUUUUUAUGGGUUUGAGUGAUGUGAUCCCGGCCGGCCCGACAGACAUGGAUUUGGAGUUCGACAAGUAUUGCGUGUUGGACGGGACUCCGAGCCCGACGACGGUGCUUCCGGCGGUUCCUACGCGCCGCCGUGCGAAGCUCGAGAAGAGGAUUUCCAGGGGGAAAUACAAGUCCGGGGAUCUGUGCCUCUCCGGGUUGGUCCUUGACGAUUUCGACGACGAAUCAUCAAGUCGCCGGCGAUCCAAUAUGUGUUCCCCGGAAACCAGCAGCAGGGCGAAGAUUGAGUUCUCCCGCGACAGCGUCGCCGCUACCUCGUCGGGAAUCGUGGACGCAUUGUGUUGUAGUUCAGACGACGACGGCGGCGGCGAGGAGGAGGAGAAUCGCCCGUUGGGGAAUCCCGUCGAAUCCGUGCCCGGCGGCAACCCCCGACCAUCGGCAAUUUGUCUCCGACAAGGCGGCGGCGCCGUCCUCAGGCUGGAAAGGAAACACCCCGGCGGGCCUGCUUUCUUCGAGUUCUCACCGGCCGGCGACGACGUCGUUUUUGUGGCAGAGGAGACGCGGAAUGCUAAGAACACGACGGCAUUUGAAUUCCGUUCUCUGCAUAAAAGUAACACAAAGAGCAGCGGCGUUGAAAACCCGUACGGAUCCAAGGAGUGGUUGCCGCCGCCGCCGCCAUCUCAUCUCAUCGGACAAAUGCAGAUGUCCUGUUACGACUCCACAGUGAUGGAAUUUGUGGUGUACGACACGGCGGCGCAUCAUGUGGCACGGCGGCCGGAGCAUGAAAUCGUGGCCAUGGUUAUAGAAUUCCCUGAAGGCGAAGGUGAUAAGCUGAGGCCGGUGAAGAUGAGUGUGGUGAUGCCUUCCGGCCGACACGGUUUGCCGGCGGCCGAAAGCCCGGGACCAAGUCCGCUGCUGGAGAGGUGGCGGUCCGGUGGAGGGUGUGAUUGUGGUGGGUGGGACGUGGCGUGCCAGCUCAGCAUGCUUGAGAAUUCAAGUGUCCACGUCACCAGCAAUGGCAAUCAAAGGCCAUUUCAACUUUUCAUUAAGGGAAAGAAAGAGAAGCGAGUAGCAUUGACAAUGACACCGAUUGAGGAUGGGCGACAAUAUGGGGUCAAUUUCGACCACGAGUUAUCGACAUUGCAAGCAUUCUCCAUUUGUGUUGCCCUUUUACAUGCCAAGGAAGCCUCGGUUGCGGUGGAACGGAACAGAGAGGCAAGAGCCUUGCAACGAAGAAUAUUUGGCAAGGACGAUUUUGGUAGUUUGAUAAGGCAACAACAAGAGAAGAUGAGCGGGAACAAAAUGGUUGACCAAACUUUCCCCUAUUUCGUUCUAAACCCUCUCUUCUCUCCGAUUGCUCGGAUUUAGAGUUCCCCAAAUUAAUUCGUGUGUGGCUCGUUUGUCUUCCAACAAAUUCAGGACCCAGAAUGCCGAAAAUUUAGCGGCAUUUUGAGAGUGAAGUGCUAAAAGACAAACACGCCCUUUAGGUUUUACUUUUGGGGUGAAAUAUUGAAAAAAAGUGGAAUGGUGUU